AUGCAUGCACCUUGGAGCUCACAGGAGGCAAGCGACGAACUCACGCACCGGCUCACAGCAGCUCUCGCAGAGCUGUCGACCGCGGCCAAAGACCAGUGGAAUCAGGCCAGCUUUGAAGCUCAGUUCGGCGCUGUUGGGGACGGCCAGCUCGCUGCCUUCCUCUCGACUCUGACACCGGAACAGCGAUUGGUGUGGGAAUUGCAGAAUCCACCGGAAAUCAGCCCAAGGCUGGACAGAAGGCUCCUGCUUGACUUGAAAGAGGCCGGAAAAGCCGCAGAGGCGGAAGUUCUGGUAGCGGCAGCCGGAAGACCUUCGGAAGCCGAACGACAGUAUCGGUCACUGCUCUGGCUUUGCUACCACAAAGAGCUGAAUGCAUGCCAUGCCGAGCAAGGUGCUGGUGGCCAGUCACUUCUGACUCUGGCAUGCAGAAAUGGCUGGUGUGAUGUGGCUAGCGAGCUCCUGGAGCGGCAGGCAGAUGUUCAUCACCGCAGUGGCGCGCAGCUGACAGCUUUGUCUGCAGCGUGUAUGCGAGGAUGUGCAGGCUGCACGAAGAUCCUUCUGCAAGCAGCUGCGGAUCCUAAAGAGGCCAGCAAGGGUUGCAGUGUGCUGGCCCUGGCCAGCUGCGCUUCCUCGACAAGUCUAGAGCUCGUGAACCAGCUCCUGGCCUUCCGUGCUGAUGUGCGGCAGGUUGAUCCCACCGGUCGAACACCGCUGAUGGAAGCCGCUGCCGCCGGUCGUGAGCACUACUGCCAACUCUUUCUCGAAGCAGGAGCAGAAGUGUCGGAGGUGGACAACGAGGGCAAGACAGCCGCCCAGUAUGCGAGACGGAACGGCUUCGCGGAACUGGCAACCAAGCUAGAAGCUGAGGCCGGCGUUGAAAAGAUGCUUCCCGCAAGUUGCCAAAGCCACAUGUGA